AUGAGAUUUUCAAUCGCUGUUCUCACUACACUUGCCGCUGUUUUGGUUGCUUCUGCUCCAGUCACUUCAACUGAAUCAGAAGCUCCUGCUCUUCCAGUUGAUAACGUCCUUGAACGUGUUGCCGAGGCUUUCUUUGAUAGUUCAGGAAUUGAUGCGGAGGUUGAACAGACCCCUGGUGCUAGGGAAGUUAUUGGAGAACAAAAGAGAGAUGCAGAAGCCAAACCUCACUGGACUACUUAUGGUUACUACGAACCUCAAAAGAGAGAUGCAGAAGCCAAACCUCACUGGACUACUUAUGGUUACUACGAACCACAAAAGUAA